AUGACUAUACCGAAUAAUCAGCGGGAUAAUAUAAAACAAGAACAAGAUACUAAUAUAGAAAAUGAUAAUCAUAUGACUUCAAAUAAUCAAGAACCAGAACAAAAACCUUCUUCAUAUACACAAAAAUCACCCUCAGAUCUACUAGAUUUUGAAAAUCCAAUACCACAAAGACCAGGAUUAGAUAUUAAAAUACCAUCAUCUGCACAAUUUGCUCCUUCACCAAUACCAAGAUCAAAUAGUAAAGGAAUAUUUGAACAAAAAGAUAAAUUUACAGAAGAUAUAUUAAAUUUUCCAAUAGAAUCUUCUCAUGCUUAUUCUUAUGCUCAUUUAUCACCAAAUUCUUUAGCUUUAAGAUUAAAUGUUUUAAAAAGAUCCUUGGAAAUUUUAAAAGAUAGGCCAGAUUUAUUUAAAUCUAUAACAAAUCAAAAUAAUGAUGAAAUUACUCCCAUUAAUAGAUCAAUUUCAAUAGAUGAAUCAUUUUCAAAUCAAAGUACUUUAAAAUCAAAUAUUUUUCAACAUUCAAAUCAUAGUGCAGAUUUUUCUGAAUCAAGUCCAACAACUCCAUUGAAAGAUCAAAAACAACAAUAUAAAUUACAAUCAAACGCGUCUUCUGCCGCUUUAGCUGCAUUAUUUAGACCAAAAUUACAAAGAUCUGAUAGUUUUCCUUUAGAAACAAAAGAACUUAGAAAAUCAUCAGCUCCUUCAAAAUUACAAGAUGUAACGAAUAAUGAAAAAAAAGAUGAUUUUAGAGAUAUUUUGAAGCUAUUAGAAAAUGAUUUAGAAAUAUCUGAAGAUUAUGAUAUUGCAUCAACAAUUAAAGAUCUUACAUUAUUUUCAACAGAUGAACAACAUCAAAUAAAACAUGACAUACUUAAGAAGAAACUAAUAUAUGCAUUAGCUAUGCCAUUUAUAGAAAAUUCAGUUUUAACUUCCUCCCUUUUGGGGAGUGAUGAACAAUGUUUACCAUCUGCAAAAUCUUCAGUAUCUUUAAAAUCAUUAAAUAAACCAUCAUCAAAUAAAAGACCAUUUCAUUCAAUGUUAAAUACAAAAUAUUCAUUACCACAAUCUGUUUUCACUAUAGAAUCUGAUUUACCAUGGUCUGUUAAAGCAGCAAAUGAUUUAGCAUGUCUUAUGUUUGGAUUAUCAAAACAAACUAUAAAAUCAUUAACAUUAAUGGAUUUAAUAGCUCCUCAAUUUCGAGAUUUUGUCUUGGGGAAAUUAACAAAAUAUACUUUUGAAAAUAUCAAAAAGGAUAAUAUAAUAUUUGCAGGUGAAAUUGUUGCAAUUGUAAGACCAGGUGAUAAAAAUUAUAGUUGGACUUCAUUAUGGGCUAAAAAAAAGGGAAAUUUAAUUAUAUGUAUGUUUGAUCAAAUUCCAUGUGAUGCAUUUGAUAUAAUAGUUAAUGAAAAUAAUUUUAAAAUUGAAAAAAUUAAUGAGGUUGCAGGAGAUUUUAUAAAUGAUUACGAUAUAAAUACAAACAACUUAAAGUUGCUUAGUGAAACUUUAAAUCAAGAUUUAUUAAAUGAUGAUAAUAAUUUAAUAAAUCAUACAAGAUAUUAUACAUUACAAGUUGAUAAAGGAAAUGAAAAUUUACCUUGCGCAAUAACAUCAGUACCAUUGGAAGGACAAAUUAAAUUGAAAAUUCAUACAAUGCCAUAUAUAGCGGGGAUAUUUGUUUUAAAUGCAAGUAAUUUUAAAAUAUUAUCAUGUAAUAAUGCAAUAGCGAGGAAUUUAUUUGGUAGAUCUAUAGAAGAAUUAAAAGAUAAAUCAAUAAAUGAAAUAAUACCUAACUUCACCAAGAUAUUAAGUGUUGGAAUUGAAGAAAAUGUUAAUACGUUACAAGUUGUUAAUGGUUUGGUAUUACCUGAACAUUUUUUUAGAAAAUAUGAUUCUGUUUUAAAAUAUCAAAAUCAAACAAAAUUGGUGGAGACUGAAGAAGAUAUUUUUUUUAAUUCAAUUGGUAUUGAAGGUAAACAUAGAGAUGGGAAAAGUUUAUUUAUUGAUGUACAAGCAAGAGUAUCAGCUGAAGAUGCAUUAAUUGUUUGGGUAACUUAUUCAAGAAGUAAACAAGCAAAAGCUAUUGCAAAUGAAUUGGAAAGAUUACAAUCAACAAAUCUGUCAACAAUGUCAUUAGCUUCUGAACCAAAACAAACAAGAUUAAACGAACUAAAAAAGAAACGUACAAGAACGAACUCCAAUCAACUCCCAUCACAAUUAAAAUUAUUUGAUGAUGAAAAAGAAAAUAAUUUAUUAGAAUUUUCACCAAGAGAAAUUACAAGAUCAUCAAGUACAAGAAGAGUUAAAACAAAAUCAUAUUCAAUGCCAGUAUCAUAUUUAGAAAAUUUAAAUACAUAUACAAGUAAAAAAUUAAAUGAAUUAAAAAAUGAUGUUGAAUCUAUUGAUCUGAAAGAUAUAACAGAAGAAGAAAUUGAAACAAAUUUUAAAAUUAAUUUUACUGAAUUUUCAGAAGAAGAAAUUUUAAAAUUAGAAAAUGAUUCUUUAGAAUCAAUAAAAUUAGAAUCUACUAAAUGGCCAAGUGAAGUUGGAUUAUAUAGAAGAUCAAAAAAAUUUUCAGAAUUUAAAAUUUUAAAACAAAUGGGUGAAGGUGCAUAUGGGAAAGUUGUAUUAGCUCAACAUAAAGAAGAUCCACUUUAUAAAAUAAUUAUAAAAUGUAUUGAUAAAGAAAGAAUUUUAGUUGAUACUUGGGUUCGUGAUAGAAAAUUAGGUACAAUCCCCCUGGAAAUUCAAAUCAUGUCAUUUUUAAAUUCAGAAUUACAUCCAAAUAUAAUGAGAAUUAUUGAUUUUUUUGAAGAUUCAAAAUAUUAUUAUUUAGAAACGCCCAUUUUUGGAAAUCCUCCAGCAAUAGAUUUAUUUGAUUUUAUUGAAAUUAAAAAAGAUUUAAAUGAAAUUGAAUGUAAAUUUAUUUUUAAACAAAUUGUUUCAUCUAUAUAUCAUUUACAUAAACAAGGUAUAAUUCAUAGAGAUAUAAAAGAUGAAAAUAUUAUAGUUGAUGAAAAAGGGUUUAUAAAAUUAAUUGAUUUUGGUUCCGCUGGGUAUGUAAAACAAGGUCCAUUUGAUGUAUUUGUUGGAACAGUAGAUUAUGCAUCACCAGAAGUUUUGAGGGGUGAAAAAUAUGAAGGAAAACCUCAAGAUAUAUGGGCUUUAGGUAUUUUGCUUUAUACAAUGUUAUAUAAAGAAAAUCCUUAUUAUAGUGUUGAUGAAAUUAUGGAAGGUGAAUUAAGAAUUCCUUAUGUUAUUAGUGAUUCAAGUGUUAAUUUAAUUAAAAAAAUCUUAGUUAGAGAUGUUGAUAAAAGACCAACUAUUACUGAUAUAUUAGAAGAUAAAUGGUUACAAUUUUAG